AUGGCCUGGAUUCGCUCCUCAGUUGAGCCAUACUCGUUCUCUGUGAAGCAGGUCAUCGCCUCAGGAGGCAGUGCCUUCGUUGGAGAAGUAGACGAGUCAACAGUCAUGAAAUAUCCCCUCGCCCCAGGAGGAGACAUGAGUCGGCUCGAAAUCGAGAAAAAGCUUCUCGAAAUUGUCGGGCCCCAUGAACGCAUCAUAGGGCUCAAGAGUUUCUCGUCCGACGGGCUCUACUACCUCGAGCGAGCUCAGCGGAUAUCCUGGUGUCGAGAGGCUGCGGAGGCAGUUGCAUGGAUCCAUUCUCGGGGCGUCCUUCACUGCGAUAUCCAGCCUACAAAUCUUCUCCUUGAUGACGAGCUUCAUAUCAAGCUGUCGGAUUUUCAGAUCAGCGGAUGGAACAAUCUCUUCGCGCUGGGUUGUACUAUCUACUUGAUCAUGAUGGGUCAUGCCGUCUUUCCUGAAAUUGUCGAUGAGGAAGAGGGGUGGUAUGAUAAGGUCCGAGAGAAGUUUGAAAAGCAGCAGUUCCCACAAGAUUCGCAUGCAUGCAGUGCCAUUACUUCGAAGUGCUGGCUGAAGGAAUACGAAUCUGCCGAGGAACUGCUCCGAGAUAUAGAGGUCGUCGAGAAGGGUCUCAGAACUGGGGAAGCUACACAACUGGAGUGA